CACGUGCACGCGCCAACGCCAAAAAAAGCCCUAGCCUUCUUCCAACUCCAGCGUCGCCUCGCUUCCCUCCUCCCUCCAGCGCCGCUCCCCUCCCUCCCUCCUCCCUCCGACGUUGCCGACCUCCAGCAGCCCCCUCCCCCCUCCCUCCGACGUUGCCGACCUCAAGCGCCCACGGCGACCGGUUUCACGAAGAUUCCGCCUGAAUCGUGAUCUGCGAUUUUUUUUCUUCUUCUUCUUCAGGUGGCGUCGGGGGCGGUGCAGUGCCAGCUGAUGGAUGCUGUGCACCCGGGGAUGGUGCCGAUGUACAAGGUGAACUUUGAUGCCAAGAACGAGUACGAGAUGAUCCAGAACUGCAAGGUCCUUCAGGAUGUCUUUAAUAAGCUCAAUAUCACCAAGCAAAUUGAAGUAAACAAGCUCAUUAAAGGAAGGCCCUUGUAUAAUUUGGAGUUCAUGCAGUGGAUGAAGAGCUACUGUAGAUCUGUCAAUGGUGGCAACAUGAACAAGAAGAAGGCCUUAUGGAUAAUAUGUCAAAAUUGUUUGGUUAAUAGACAUCAUUUUGGAACCUCAACGCUGAGGAGAGAAGGGAAGCGUGCAAAGGAGGCAAAGAAACAAGCAAGAAAGCAGCAACCGCUCAACCAUCGUCCAAAUCUCCCUCUUCUGCCCCAAAAGCUCAACCUCCGUCCCGUUGAGCUUAUUUCCGUGGCCUAUUUACUGCAUGGCGGUCGCUUAUCUUUGUUGCACGAAGGAUAAAUUUUUGCAACAGAAGUUAAAAAAAGUAUUGUCUGAAUAUUCGCUUCACGUGAAAAUGUAAUUUAAAGCUUGAUUAUAGUAUUUACUUUUCAAUCUA